GGCCGGUGACCUUCGAGGAGGUGGCUGUGUAUUUCACCAGGGAAGAGUGGGCUCUGCUGGACCCCACACAGAGAGCUCUCUACAGAAACGUCAUGCAGGAGACCUAUGAGAAUGUGACCUCACUGGGGUUUCCAAUUUCCAAACCUGACAUGAUGUCCCAGCUGGAACGAAGAAAAGAGCCAUGGGUCCCAGAUCUCCAGGGAUCUGAGGAAAGAAAGAUGCGGAGAAAUGCCUUCACAGCAGGUGAUGGGAUGAUGGGUAAGAACGCAGAUCAGAAUCCUCACGAGAAAGAUGCUGCACAAGUGGAAGCAUGUGGAGCAUCAUCACGAAGAUCCAAAGGGAAUGUGUCCAGGAGUCAUGAGCAGGGUAAAGCCUGUGACAGGCAGCACAGGCCAGAGAAGCAGCAGGGAAAUGAACUACAGGAGAAAGUUGGUAAAUCCAUUAAUAGUCAGGGAACUCAAAAGGACCUCAAGGAAACCACCACUCAGCAGAGAAUCCUCAAGGGGAAGAGGAAAAAUACAUGCAGUGAAUGUGGGAAAAACUUCAGUUACCACUCAGGCCUUAUUAGACAUGAGAUAAUCCACACAAAAGAGAGACCCUAUGCGUGCUGUGAGUGUGGGAAAAGCUUCAAUCAGACCUCAGCCCUUAUUAGACAUCAGCAAAAACACAGAGGACAGAGACCAUAUGAAUGCUGUGAGUGUGGUAAAAACUUCCCUGACAGCUCAACCCUUAUUAAACAUCAGAGAAUCCACACAGGGGAGAGACCUUAUGGAUGCUGUGAGUGCGGGAAAAGCUUUUCUCAGAGCUCAGCCUUUAUUACACAUCAGAGAAUCCACACUGGGGAAAGACACUAUAAAUGCUGUGAGUGUGGGAAAAGUUUCACUCAGAGCUCUGCCCUUAUUACACAUCAGAGACUUCACACUGGAGAAAGACCUUAUGAAUGUUGUGAGUGUGGAAAAAACUUCACCGACAGCUCCGCCCUUAUUAAACAUCAGAGAAUCCACACAAAGGAGAGACCCUAUGAGUGCUGUGAGUGUGGGAAAAGCUUUACUCAGAGCUCAGACCUUACUACGCAUCAGAGAAUCCACACAGGAGAGAGGCCCUAUGAGUGCUCUGAGUGUGGGAAAAGCUUCACUCAGAGCUCAGACCUUACUACACAUCAGAGAAUCCACACUGGGGAGAGCCCUUAUGAAUGCUGUGAGUGUGGGAAAGGGUUUACUCAGCGCUCAGCCCUUAUUACCCAUCAGAGAAUCCACACGGGAGAGAGACCCUAUGACUGUUGUGAGUGCGGGAAAAAAUUCACUGACUGUUCAGCCCUUCUUAAACAUCAGAGAAUCCACACAGGGGAGAGACCCUAUGAGUGCUGUGAAUGUGGGAAAAGCUUCACUCAGAGCUCAGCCCUUAUUACACAUAAGAGACUUCACACAGGAGAGAGACCCUAUGUAUGCUCUGAGUGUGGGAAAAACUUCACUCGGAGCUCCGCCCUUAUCUAUCAUCAGAGAAUCCACACUGGGAAGAGACCCUACGAAUGCUGUGAGUGUGGGAAAAGCUUCAAUCGUAGCUCAGCCCUUGUUAGACAUCAGCGAAUACACAGAGGAGACAAACCCUAUGAAUGCUGUGAGUGCGGGAAAAGUUUCAUGCAGAGAUAUACCCUUAUCUCUCAUCAGAGAAUCCACACGGGAGAGCGACCCUAUGAAUGCUGCAAGUGCGGGAAAAGCUUCACUCAGAGAUCAGCCCUUAUCUCUCAUCUGACAAUCCACACGGGAGAGCGACCCUACGAAUGCUGCGAGUGUGGUAAAAGCUUCACUCAGAGCUCAAACCUUACUAUGCAUCAGAGGAUCCACACAGGAGAAAGACCCUAUGAAUGCAGUGAGUGCAGGAAAAGUUUCACUCACCUCGCCUCCCUUAUCUCUCAUCAGAGAGUCCACACGGGAGAGAAACCCUAUGAAUGUUGUGAGUGUGGGAAAAGCUUCUCUCAGAGUUCAGCCCUUAUUACACAUCACAGAAUCCACACUGGAGAGAAACCCUAUGAAUGUUGUCAGUGUGCAAAAAGCUUCAGUCAUAGCUCAGCCCUUCUCUGUCAUCAGAGAAUCCACACAGGAGAGCGACCCUACAAAUGCUGCGAGUGCGGGAAAAGCUUCACUCGGCGCUCAAACCUUACUACGCAUCAGAAGAUCCACACAGGAUAGAGGCCCUAUGAAUGCAGUGAGUGCAGGAAAAGUUUUACUGACAUCUCCUCCCUUAUCUCUCAUCAGAAAGUCCACAUGGGAGAGAAACCCUAUGAAUGUUGUGAGUGUGGGAAAAGCUUCUCUCAGAGCUCAGGCCUUCUCUAUCAUCAGAGAAUCCAUAAAGGAGAUAAACUCCAUAAAAACCUUCUCUAGAGCUCUCAGAAGAUUUUUUUUUCUUUAAUUCUUUUCACAGUUCUCAGGUCGUGACCGUUAAGGCUGUUUGCAUCUUUUGCACACUGUAGUCCCUCAGCUCCCACACAUGAGUUGCCCGCUUUUGAAGCCUGCCCGUCUUUGGGGUUAUCCUGUGGUCCUUUCUAUCAACUCCAUUGUCCUGCGAGUCAUGGGAGUGGGUGGCCUUUCUACCAGAAAUGUCCAUCACCCCUGAUGGGGGAGAUAGGGGGUGUCUUCAACCAGCUACAUUGAGGUAAAAUCUACCUGGGCCUCAUCACUGUGGUUGCCAUGGAGUUAGCUAGCUUGAGUUCACUUUCCUGAUGUAAAAAGACAGCUAUUCUUGCAGUAAAGACAUGGGCCAUGGAUAGUGGGUGGGGUUAUCUUGCACAUUUCCUCCUGAUCUGACCUAACCACCAUCACAUUUCCUUGUCUAAACAAACCUGGAGAAUCACAUUUAUACUCUUCCUCCCAGUGCAAAGUUAUUGUUAGAGACGUCAAGUUCCUCUUUGAGGACAAAUUGUCUUGUUCCUAGUUGUUCUCACGUUACCCUGGAUCAUGCUGAACAGCAGUUAUUUUGUUGACCAUUUUUCUCAUUUAAAAUAUAUUUAAAUAUAGUGAAGAGCCGGAGCAGUGUCAGGGAAAUAAGGGUCAUUUCAGGCUCUGUGACACUGGAAGGAGAUGGGGUGACUCAGACAUUCCAUUCUUCCCCAUCACCCCAGAACUGUUACCUUGUGUCUGAGCCAUGCACAGUUCCCCCCUUCAUAUUCCUUCACUUCCCAAAGUUUCCGGUGAGGUAGUAUUCUUAGCUAUCCGUGCUUGGGAAUGGUGCUUGGAUGUCUUUGAUCCUAAAUCGGUUACUCUGGCAGGAGAUGAAAGUGUCACAGACCUCGAAGGGGAUUUCAAAUGGAUCCCAAGCACCAUUCAAAUCCCAUUUCCCCUCAAUUGGCAAAGCCACUUCUGGGAAGGUUGGCUGUUUCCUCCCUCCCUUUAUGAAGAUACUAAAACUUUUGUAAAUAACACUAAUGAGACAACACUAAAUGAAGCAGGUUUUAUGGGAGAAUCUCUCAUCCUGAUUCUGAGUUAUCAGAUGUAACCUACUCUGGAAUUUCCCUUUAAAUGAAAAUGAAAGUGUCUUCUACCUCUCUGUGAUAUUGGUUUUCUAUCUUUCAUAAAGGCUCCUUGGUCAUAUAAUGUUUGACACACGUAGCUCAGAUUUAUUGGGAAAUUUCAGACAAAUGACCAUCAUUCUUUAUUUCAGGAUGUAUCAACCCCAUGACACUGCCCAUAAUGAUGUAUACGUGGAGGAAACAGAAGUGGUGGUUUUUUUGAACUCACCAUUUGUGGGUGAUAUAAAUGUGUGUAGGAUGAAAUCAGUGUUGAAUGUGAGAUGGCUGCAGAAAAAAUAGCUAUUUUUUAAUAGAAACCUCAUCUCUCUUAUCUUACAGAGAUUCUGGUCCAGGCUUGUAUCUAAUCCCUAACCACAACUAUACUCAAGGGUUCACUGGUGGAAAGGGGGAUUAAAAGAAAACUAACACAUAUGAGAAGAUUCUUUAAUUGUUGAAUAUAUACUGUUACCAAUCAAAAUGAAAUUAAACAUGAAGUUACUCUUUAAUGAAGAAGAGACUUAAUUAUGUGAUCAACUGAAUUAUACUGGAAAAAUAAAACUUCAUUUCUUUUUCUUUUAGUUAGUAAUAUAGGAAAUGGUGGCUAAUCCUGAAAAGCUUCUUUGAUAUAACUUACCCCCUUUGGCCUAAAAUGUCCUGAUGUAAAACCUCAC